GAACUCUGUUGCUUGUUGAAUCGCUCAUGUAGGUAGGUUAGGUGGUUUGUGUCUGUCUCACGAGACGCCCCACCGCCACACACACAGACAGACAGACAGACACCCACAGAAGCAGAGAGAGCACCCCCCAACGGGUCCGUCCGUCCAUCUGUGCGCGCAAUCAAAUCAUAGUCCCACACAGCCGGCCGGCCGGCCAUCAAGUCAUCAUCCCACCCUCCAAGCAGACAGACAGACAGACAGACAAGGAAAGGAGCACGGGAGCACCAAGUAGCGAGUGAGUGGCUUCUAUAUAGACAGCACUCCACUCCCCCCACGUGCACACCCACCCGCCGACCAACACAUCAGACAGACAGCACUACAUUAGAUUGAUUCAGCACACACCAACUAGAUAGAGAGACCGUCUGAGAGGUGCGUGUCGCGUGUCGCGAUCGACACAUCCAUCAGGUAGGUCCGUGCGCACUUGCAGACACCAACACUGGGGAGAGAGGGAGGGAGGGAGGGAGGGGCGACACGUAAUCAGUGCCGCGAAAGACAUUAGUCAGACAGAAGACGAGCAGGUAGACGAGACACGGGCAGAACUACGGUAUGUAUCUUUUUUCCCCUGUACGUCCUCUCACACAAAACAGGCAGGCCCCAACUAUCCCCCCAGUACCUCUCUCUCACCAAGAAUCUGUCCUUCUAUCUGAUCUGAUCCCUAAGCGACAUCAAACACACAUACAUACGCCACAUGGCGAGACAAGCAACAUGAAAAAGGUGCCCAGCCCAUCCAUCCACGCCAGCCGGGCAGCUCGAUGCAAAGCGUACAAAAGGAGGUCGCUUGCUCACUGGCUGGCUGGCUGGCCGGCUGGCCGGCUACCUUGGAGUGUGUGUGUGAAUGUCCAUGCAGGCAGGCAGGCAUUGAUAAGUAGGUGUACAGCAACAGAAAGGCAGGCAGGCAGGCACUAUGAAAAAGGAAAUUCAUGUACAUGUCGUACAUGUAUGUACUACCCGUACGUGUACGUACAUGUACCCGUACGUGUACGUACAUGUACCCGUACGUGUACGUGUACGUAUGUAUGUACAUACGUUUGUGACGUUGCUGAUCGCUGUGUGUGGGUGGGUGGACGGUGUGUGUGUCGGCUAGCCGACGUACGACCGGAUGAGAGGCGAGUUGAAGGGCACGUCCACUCUGCGGCCGCCAACCACAAAAGAAUGGGUGACGCCCUGAACACACACAGCACAGCACAGCACAGCAAACACACGCACGCACGCCAGUGUAUGUUAUGUGCGUCAGCAGAGGGAGGGACGCAUCUCAGGUAGGUCGCCUGCUUACCGUGAAGACGCGCUGCGUUCCCGCCCCGAAGCACCUAGGGUCCCGCGCACCAUUGCGACACCGGAUGGCCAGAUUCCUGUCGUAGAAGGGGUUCAGCCUGACAAUACAACGAACGACACAGCCAACAGAGGUGACCACCUUGUCUGUCUGAGUGUCUGUCUGUCUGUCUGUCUGUCUGUCCGUCGGUGGCGUGCCUAAGGUACCUACCGUCGUCCCUUUGCGGCGCCUCCGUCCUUCCGGGCCUCCGCCUCUUCGAACUCUGAGAGAUGAGUGAGUAUAUGAAUGUGGCAUACGUAUUCAGAACAAACAGAGACCCGCCCUACCCACACACACGUACACGUGUGUGUAUGUACCUUACCUUGGUCAAAUGUGAUGUUCCUGAGUGUGUCGCCGUUGCGGUCAGUCAGGCUGUAGCCGUCCGGGUCCACUGACAAAGUGCUGUCGUCAAGCUGCACACAUACACACACACACACACACACGUGUCAGCACUGACUGUACUGUCUGUCCGCGCACUCCCUGUCAUGGGUAGAUAGAUCUUACGAAAACGAAAUCGAGGGACUCGGGCUUGUUGAUGAUGGCAGCCACGCGGUAGUAGCCAAAGGUCUCGUUGUCGUGCUGCCAGUCAGUCAAGACCCACCCAGACAGACACCCAGACACACACAUGUGGAUGGGAUGCAUCGGCUGGCCAGCCUCGUGGGCGGUGUCGGUGCGGUGCGUGGAUGUGCGCAUGCAUGCACACCUACCGGGACGAACAGUGCCUCGAGCUUCUCGUAGUUGGACAGCGGCUGGCUGAACAGGUUCGACAGCUCGUACAGCUCAAGAUCCUCCUGCACACCUGCAAGGGGGAGAGAAACAUACAUACGGAUGCGCGUAUGGUGUGUCGAUUGAUUGGUGGGUGGCUGAUCGGAUCAGCCGGUGGGUAGUGUGUGGUCGGGUCAGCCUACGUAUCUUGACGUUGCCGUCCCCCUUUUUCGUGGAGACGCCGUCCUUCUCGAUAUUCGUCUCCUUGGUGACUGCACGCCACUCGUCACAGAAACCCACGUCACACAUGCCAUGCAGACUGACGUAUGCGGCCCACAUAUAUAUCAUGCCAACCAACGUACUCUCAGAUCCGCCGACAGCGAGCCCGAAGAUGAUGGCGAGGGUGGCAAUAUAGAGACCAACCAAGCCGGCAACCAGCCACCUGAUCACCAAAACCACACCAAACCACACCUGUUGGUUGCAUCUGUCCAGUGACUCGCUCCAACCCUCCCAUGGGGAGAGUAUCCUACCGCAGUCUUCUGACUUUCGUCUGCUCACUCAUCAGCUUCCUCACCGCAAUGACGACCUCCUGAGUGCUGAACUUGCCAUCGCCGUCGGUGUCAAGCUCCUACGCGGACCAGACAUGACAUGAGGCACAUGUAUGCAAAACGUGUCAAUCAGUGUGCGCGCGUGCAUCACCUUGAGGAUGGUUGUGAUGCGCUCGGCGCCACUGUUGGUGGUGUCGGGGAGGGCCGCUGCCGCCCUGAAUUUUUCUGUCCGAGAUGUCACUGCCCCAGAUGUGGUCAUGAUGGCGAUGGUGCGAUGAUACAACGAUGCGAUCUACAGAUUCUACACGGUUUUCACGAGAUGCUCGACGCUGUGCAGUCCCUCACGACAAAAACAGCGAAAGACUUCUCUUCUCAAGGUCCGAG